AUGCCACCAAACCCAAAAACAAUAGUAGUCACCGGCGCCAACAGAGGCAUCGGCCUCGCCAUCUGCCGCCUCCUCCUCUCGAAAUCGACCCAACGCAACCAACCCCUCCGUCUCUGGGCCACUUCACGGGCAGGAAAAACCUUAGACCUGGACCCCGGCUCCCAGCACGAAAUCCACUACCCCCAACUCGACAUCUCCAGCUCCUCGUCCAUCGCCUCUCUCGCCUCGCAGAUCCGGGAGGAGAUUCCGAAUGGACGACUGGAUGUUCUGAUUAACAACGCGGGCGUGAAUCUGGAUAACGAGUAUGGUCCUGAGAAUGCCCGGAGGACGCUUGAGGUGAAUUGCUGGGGGACCUUGGAGAUGUGUCGGACGUUCUUGCCUUUGCUGAAAGGGAAGGGAUUGAGUGGCGAGGGGGGAAAAGGAGAAAAGAGCAGAAUCGUCACUCUCAGCUCCGUCGCCUCCUCCUUGAACGCCUACUCCCCGGACCUACAAACCCGCUUUCGCUCUGCUUCGACCUCACUUACCUUGGACGACCUCUCCACCCUCUCCUCCCAAUACCUGCACGCCGUCUCCACCCACAGCGAAGAAACCUCCGGCUUCGGCCCCCCCGGCCGCAGCUACUCCUUCUCCAAAGCGCUAGUCAACGCCUUCACCCUCAUCCUCGCGCGCGAGAACCCGGAUGUACUGAUCAACUGCUGUUGUCCCGGGUGGGUGGCGACGGAGAUGGGGAAGUUGAUCGGGAAGCCGCCGAAGCGGGAGGAGGAUGGGGCGAAGAUCCCCGUGCGGUUGGCGGUGGGGGAUAUUUGGGGGGUGACGGGGGGGUAUUGGGCGAAUGGGAGUGUGAGGAGUAAGGAGGAAGGAGAGUUGAGGGAGUGGUGA